AGUAGGGCCCGGAUGAAGAUGAAGAGGACGCUCUGGCCAGCCUGGAGGACCCGCUACGAGCAUAAGAGUCGGCAGGCGGGCGAGUGAGGAGGGGGGGAGUGUUGCAGAGUAACCCUCCGCUCCCCCGUUUGUGGAUGGUGAGGGCAGCUCUCCUAGGAGGAAUCGGGCCCCUUCUUGCUGGGAUUCGCUCUGCCCACAGGGGUGCCUCAAUCCCCCCCAUGCAGGUCUCCAAGAAGCUGGUGAACUCGGUGCCAGGCUGUGCGGAUGAUGCGCUGGCUGGGCUGGUGGCCUGUAACCCAGCCAUCCAGCUCCUCCAAGGGCACCGGGUGGCACUGCGAGCCGACCUGGAGAACAUUCGGGGACGGGUUGCACUGCUGUCUGGAGGAGGGUCGGGGCACGAGCCCGCACAUGCAGGGUACAUCGGGAAGGGGAUGCUCACCGGAGUGGUGGCUGGCGCCGUCUUCACCUCUCCUGCAGUGGGAAGCAUACUGGCAGCGAUCCGGGCGGUGACGCAGGCUGGCUCAGCCGGGACCCUGCUGAUCGUGAAGAACUACACUGGGGACCGGUUGAACUUCGGGCUGGCACUGGAGCAGGCACGGGCGGAGGGGGCCGACGUGCAGAUGGUGGUGGUGGGUGACGACAGUGCUUUCACCACGCAGAAGAAGGCCGGGAGAAGAGGGCUGUGUGGCACGGUGCUCAUACACAAGGUGGCUGGGGCGCUGUCAGAGGCAGGGGCGAGCCUGGAGGAGAUUGUUCGCAGGGUGACGGCUGCUGCAGGAGACAUGGGUACCUUGGGCGUGAGCCUGUCCCCCUGCAGUGUCCCUGGCUCGGGGCCUACCUUUCAGUUGGCUCAGGAUGAGCUGGAGCUGGGUCUGGGGAUUCAUGGUGAGGCAGGCGUGCGCAGGAUGAAGAUGGUGCUGGCGGACGAAAUCGUCAAGACGAUGCUCGAUCACAUGAGCAGCCCUUCCAACGCCUCACGUGUGGCCUUGGAGCCCGGGGCCUCCGUGGUGCUGGUGGUGAACAACCUGGGAGGCCUGUCCUUCCUGGAGCUGGGUGUGGUGGCCGGUGCGGCCGUACGCUGCCUUGAGGAUCGAGGUGUUCGCGUCGCCCGAGCUCUGGUUGGCGCCUUCAUGACGGCGCUGGAAAUGGCCGGUGUCUCCCUCACCCUCCUGCUAGCGGAUGAUGAGCUCUUGAGACUGAUCGAUGCUAAGACCACAGCUGUGGCAUGGCCCAACCUGGCCCGAGUGACCGUGACAGGCAGGAGCAGAGUGCUGGCUGCACCUGAGGCAGGACCUAUGGUGGAGGAGCCCGUCCCAGCUGGAGCACCAGCCUCCCAGCGGGUGCGGCUGGUUCUGGAGCGGGUGUGCAGCACUCUGCUGGGCCUGCAGGAAGAGCUCAACGAGCUGGACCGCGCGGCGGGGGACGGCGAUUGUGGCAGCACCCAUGCCCGGGCCGCCAGGGCCAUACAGGAGUGGUUGAACUCGACUCCCCUGCCUGCCCGGCCAUCCCAGCUCCUCUCCACCCUGGCCAGGCUGCUGCUGGAGAAGAUGGGGGGGUCCUCGGGGGCGCUGUAUGGGCUGUUCCUGACGGCGGCCGCACAGCCCCUGCAGAGCCGCAGCGACCCCGCGGCCUGGGCUGCCGCCAUGGAGGCUGGCAUUGAAGCCAUGCAGCGGUACGGGGGAGCUGCGCCCGGGGACAGGACCAUGCUGGAUUCGCUCUGUGCUGCUGCUCAGGAGCUGCACGCCAUGCAGGCCCCUGGCACCGACCUGCUGCCUGUGCUGGCCAAGGCAGUCCAGAGUGCAGAGGCUGCGGCUGAAUCCACUAAGAACAUGGAAGCAGGCGCUGGCAGGGCCAGUUACAUCAGCUCGGCCCGCUUGGAGUUACCGGAUCCAGGGGCCGUGGCAGCAGCAGCCGUUCUGCGUGCUGUGCUGGAAGGGUUACAGAGCUAGAGUGCAUGACUCUGCCACCUCCCGCUGCUCCUGGGCACCUCCCUCACUUUAUCCUCCUCCCCCCGCAAGUCCCUGGGGCCCUUCUGUGCUGACUUGCACACCCUUUGUAGGCAAGACAAGGAGAAGUGAUGUUUAUGGGAGUCCUGGCAAGAGCUGGCUCAAUGCUCCUGGAUCUGCCCAAACCAGGAUCUCAUCGGCAGGAAUGGGGGCCAGCAGGGAGACUAGGGUCAUCCCUGUGCCCACUGUUCACUGGGUAGCAGGCCCACUGUCCCUCCCAGUUCAUCCCUGCUACUGGGUGCUCUGAGCGCGGUGGCUAUAAUAAAGAGCUCUGCUCCAGA